AACUUGUUGGUUUUUUUCUCUCGCUUUUCGGAGGGUGCGGAAUCAAGUCACACCCAAAGCCAUAACAACUAGAAACCUGCCGAAGUUCCUUCUUGGUUGGAACGUCUGAGAAUCCAACCUGGGCCAACAGAAUUCGGCAAUCUACCUGGUUGGCCGAAAAAGUUUGCUGCGGUUGAUGCGUGUGGUGUGCUUAGAGCGAAUAACUCAGCGCCGCGGAUAUGUCGAGAAGUCAAGUUUUGCUUCGGAAGGCACUUGUAUUCAGUAUCGUCGAGGAGAUAUGCUAAAUGUGCGCGUGGCGGCGUUGGCGGUUCUUGAUCGGAACUUUGCACCUAUGAGUUCAGUCUACCGGGAGCCAUCUUCGGGGAUUGUUGUUUGUUGUGUUCGGUUCGGUUGUUUGUUUGCUGCGGCCGCUGCCGGGUGUUUUCGUUUCGGUCUCUUUUGUCCGCAGCGACGAAGUUUCGCGUGAUUAGGCGUAGUUUCGCGCGAUUUUUUAUUACUCCGGUUAACUAAAUAGUGCUGCAGUUUUGUGCCAAUGAAGACCAGGACAUUUUCACCGGUGUGGUGGGUGUUCAGUGUCCUUCUAAUUUGUGUAGCCCAUCACCAUCGGACAGUGGCAAACUUUGUGGCCUAUGACGACGACCUGCUGACAACGCAGGGCUUCCCGGAAGACGACGCGCUUCGGGACCAAGCGAAAGCGGACUAUCAAGAUGCUAUCGACCGGCUGAUAACGCACGCAUUCAGUAACGAGACCACGCACAACGCAAGCCUCGGAACCGAAGGCGAGGACUCGGUCAAGGUCAACGCAUCGGCAACCGAUGCGCCGCUCAAGUGUGCUGCCAACCGAAAGCCUCGCUUGAUUGCCAGAGCGAAGAACAACACCGUGCCGGUGGCCAAAUGUUGCCCCGAGGGGGAGGCGUUUCUGCACGAGAGCGUCUCGAAAUGCCGGAUCCCGCUAAGGCGGCCUCGACUUCCGGUCGUCAGCCGGGAACUGCUGCUCUACGACCAGAGCUGUUACCGAUUUGGACCGUACAUCCGGCACAAUCUGACCGUUAGCGGCCGGUGCAUUGGAAAGCACUUAGUAAUCAACGACGGUGCCAUUUUUACGGUGAUCCAGAAUGGGUCCCUUAUGGUUUCCAACCCGGAACAGAUGCUCAUCUAUCGGGAUUUCUGUUUGGAGGAAACGGCCAGCUCGGUUCUGGUGGCGUGGGUCUGUGACGAGAUUGUCUUUCCGGAUCCGUUCGAUUUCGUCGACAAGUUGAUAAUUGGGUCAGCUUUGGUGGCCGUUUUCGUGACGGUCCUACUGUACGGAUUCGAACGAAACUUUCAUACAAUUUUCGGAAAGCUGGUAAUGGCCCACGCGGGACUUUUAUUCGCGGCUCUACUGCUGGAAGCUGCCCUGACUGAAUUUGAGGAGGCUUUCUACUCAACGAUAGUGUACAUUUUGAUCGGAGCGUCUUAUGUGAUAUUUGCAGCUGCCAAUGUGCAUUGCAUGAUCUCCACUCAGGGAAAAUAUCAACGAGUUGAUGUACGGAACAUUACCUUCGUGGCAUUCGGAUGUUCAUUGAUAUGGUUGACUUCCACACUGUUCACACUUUAUUUUAACGAGAAAACCGUGACCCUGUGUACGGUGUUCGGUGCCCUGACGGUUAGCCUCGUAACGAAUCUGAUUGUGCUCCGGGGAAUCAUCCAUCGGAGGCACCACCUGCUGACGACAACGAUGGACAGCUGCUACGAGCUGACGGAAAGUACCGAGUACUCCAGUUACGUGCAUCACCGGAAAGAACUCACCAUCUUGUCCACGUUCGCCACCAUCUUGCAGCUGCUCCACUGGAUCUUGUUCGCUGCUGGCCGGUACAAUCUUCUUUACGGCAUGAGCUGGUGUGCCCUGACCAUAUUUGCCGUAUUCGUCUGCUUCCGCUAUCGAUCGAUAACGGUGCUUUCGGGGGGUGGCGGCGGUGGUGGCAGGUCCGGAAUCUCCAAAGUAUUACGUCAUCGUCAUCAUCCCCAUCAUCAUCAGCAUCAGCAACAGGGGGAACCGGAAGAGCCUUCAGCAGGAGUUCCGACCGGCAGCAAUAGCAGCAGCGCCUCGUCGCCGGAGAAUGGGUACAAUCAACUGCAGCAGCAGCCACCCACCACCGGGGAUUCGUACCAAAGCUCGCCACCCCAUCGUUGGGAUGAAAAUCGUCAUCAAAAUAAUCAUCAGCAUCAUCAGCCACGGGAAAUGCAACCGAUGGGGAACGGGGAUAAUCAAAAGCACGCGCUGACGCCCGUCGCCGAGGAAGACUUAUUUCCGGCGGAUCGUUCCGAAGCUGGCUGGUGGCCUCGAGGGCGACCGGACGAGGGGACCAAAUGAGUGUGUGGGUGGGUGGGUGUAAGGAUGAAAGGAUGGGAACGAUGGACCCACAUCGUUCCCUGAUGAUGAUGAUGAUGAUGCUGCUGCUGCUGCUUGUGAUGGUAUGCUGAGGCUGAGAGUACGUUUGUGCAGUGUGUGAUUAAUUGCCAUUUGCGACUUAGGAGUAAGUUUUUUCCCCA